AUGGCAGACACAACACAAGAACGCAUGAUGUCCCUAAUCAUGGGCACGAAACCCGUCGACUUCACCCGCUCGAUCGACCCAUCGACUGUCCGCGGAAAAAUCGCCGUCAUAACCGGCGGCGCCAGCGGAAUAGGACGCGGCAUCGCAGAAGGACUCGCAUCAAACGGCGCCAAAGUCGCGAUUCUCGAUAUCAGCGACGAGCAAGGACAGCACGUCGCCUCGGAGUUGAAGGCCAAGGGCCACGAGGCGCUGUUCGUCAAGACGGAUGUGGCGAGUUGGGAGGCGCAGCUCGAGGCAUUCAAAGCUGCGCUGAAGUGGUCUGGUUCCGGGCUGGAUAUCGUCGUCGCCGCGGCGGGGAUCCGGGCGACGGAUAUGCGAGAUUCGAUUGUUCCGAAGAAGGGGGAUGAGGAGGAGGAGGAGGAGGAGGAGGAGGAGCCCCCCAAGCCGCACAUGAAGGUUCUGGAUAUCAACUUCACGGGCGUGUGGUGGACGACGAAUUUGGCGUUGUUUUAUUUCAAUAAGUUCCACGCUUCGAGGUCGGAGUCCUCUGAGUUCGGACCGCAGAUUCUGCUUAUUAGUUCUCUGGCGGGAUAUGGUCCUCCGCCGUUUGAUGCGGAUUAUGGCGCGGCGAAACAUGGCGUUCGUGGGUUGUGGAAAUCUAUCAGAGUCCCGGACGAGUCUAUGGCGCAGUAUCAGGCGAAUCUCCUCGCUCCGGGAUGGACGCACACGGGGAUGACGGAUAGCUAUGUGCAUAAGUUGAAGGAUCGCGGCGUGAGGGUGGCGACUGUAGCGGAUAAUGUCCGAGCGGCGAUGCGGUUGAUCGUGGAUCAAGAGGUGUCCGCGCGAGCUGUCAUCGUUGCGGCGAAUCCGGAGGGCGUGGAGGAUGGGCAGAAGGGGUCCGGGGUGUUUGAUGUGCUGGAUGAUUUUGGGACUUUGGGGGCUGGGAAAGCGAUUUUGGAGAAGUUGGGGGAGGGGGUGUUUGAUAAUUAUGUUUGA